AUGCUUCCAGGCCCGGCCGGUCGAAUCGGCCGGCACGCACCCACCUGGUCGCGCAUUCGCCGCUUCUCAGCAGAAUCAACACCACUCGCGCAGUCCCAACCGGGGGAAAAAGGUACGAUGCACACGCACUCCCACACUAAGACCCAGGACCGAGACCAAGACCAGACGCAGCUAGACCCGUUCGGACACUGCGACGCACACCAGCUCCCUCCGACCCUCUCUCAUCCUCGAUCCCCGGCCCACUGGUCCACUGGCCCGCCCACUGUCCCACGCAUCCACGCAUCCAGGUACCCACGCCGCUCUUCCUAUCCGCCCGCUUUCAGCCAAAUACCUACAACGGACUGUCGCCCAGGCGAUUUGUUCCGCGUACAUGCCCAGUCGCAACAAGCCCAGGUACCACACACCCUCUUUCUCGCCCCAACCAACGCCAUCUCGGUUGUCGUCACCACCUGCAGUUCAAGUGCUCCACGCCCAAGGUUGGAGAUCUGGCAACACGAGCUAGCCUGCAGCGCAUGGGUGUCGUUCAAGUCUGCAGGUCUGCAGGUCUGCAAGAUGGCUGGGGAGCAACCAAGCUGGCAACAAUAGCGCAACCCAAUGCCAAGAAAUGCAACGCAUGGCCUGCAAAGUCUCGGCAUCACGCUAGCCCUCCGUUCUUCGUAAUCGUCACCCUCGUCCCCUGGUCCGCCUAUCUUCGACCUCCAAAAGGCCCAGCCUAGCCCUGCAAAUACGUCACGUACCCGUGCGAACGACACCGACAGCUCCAUGCUAUGGCUCAGAGAGCCGAUCUGUCAGCGGGCCAAUGGCAUUGACUCUCUCAUGUCACUCGCUACUAUUACUCUGUGGCUCGAAUACUGGACACGGACCAUCUCGGUGGCCACCCGGAUUGCUUCAUGACCCGAGACGGACAAUAGACGAGCGGCCGUCAACUUCCAGCUGGCAAGGCCCAAUGCGCCAACCGACCGCGCUGUCUUGUUGCGCCACGAGCC